GGGGGGUUGGGCUGCAGCCAACCUCAGGUAGACCAGGGCACAUGGCCCCGAGGGACACCCUGGGCAGGAUGUCGUAUUCCACUCGACACUAAAGGAAAUAUGUUCUGCCUGUCUGGAGCCUGUAUACCCUAUGGAGAAAAUGGUUGCUGAUAAAGUAAUCUUCCAUUCCAACUGUUUCUGCUGUAAACAUUGUAAAAAGAAGCUGGGAAUUCACAACUAUUCAGCUAUUUAUGGCGAGUUCUACUGUGCAUCUCAUUACCAGCAAUUGUUCAAAACGAAGGGGAAUUAUGAUGAGGGAUUUGGCCACAAACAGCACAAAGACCUCUGGCUCAAGAAGACUACAGAGUCUCCGCAUUCUGAGGAAAAGACCUGCAAAGACCCUAAAGGGGACUCCAAGGUCUGUAGCACCUUUGUAGAGUCAUCGGGCUCUGCAGCUCCGAAAAAACUGGAAUUCGGGAACACAAAGACUGCGAGUAGUCCAGAUACAAGAACAAAACUGAAAAUUAAUUGGCCGCCAGAAAAACAGACAUCUGCAGGUCGCCUAGUAACGCCUUACAAUGGUGAAAGGAAGCUGCAUGAGACGGGUAUAGUGGAAGCAAGCUCAAAUUCUCCAAGCAAACAAAGCUCAGGAAAUGUACUGCAAAGUCCAGAAGGAUUAAUGUCAAAGUCCAGUAAAACUGGAGACAACAAAAAGGUUCCUUCAUCAUCCACACAAAGACUCAACAGCUCCUCUGUUCCCCCUGGGCUCGGUAUGAACCGCAAACCCAAAGCUGCAGCCUCAGAGCAUGCGGAACUGGAACCGCCGAGUCCAGCACUACCCCGUCCGUGGAGUGUGUCCAAUAAAAUAGCUCUUUUUCAAGAAAGUUCCCCAAAACAUGCCCCCCCUUUUAAAGUAAAGGAAACACCACAGAAAAACACUCCGGUUAAAACAGCACAUUUAACACUGCCUGAUUCAACACUGACUCCAAGAAAAGACCCGUCCUACGCAAAUAAGAAAGUUACAGCCUCAGACAAAAUGAAGAAAUCAGUUCGCUUUGUAAUGAACGUUAACACUGAGCUGGAUGGUAAUGCCAGCACAGGGGGAGAUUCUGAAAUAAACACUGAACCUGAUUUUGUAUGUCACAGCAGUAACCCAGAUAUUGUACCUAAUGAUGAUAAAGACUGCAGACCCACAGUACUGGGGGCCAAGAAGGAAAUUGCAGCCUCUUUAUUCAUCGAUGAGGCAAUUGAGGACCAAAAUGAGAACAUUCGUAAUCCAUACAAAUGUCAACUGGAGGAACAAAAUGAAAUAAAUGAAAACAUAAUUAAACCAAAGAAUUUAGAAAGCACUGAUACGAAUGCAAUUCAGUCUUCUGCUUCUAUUUUAACAGAGUAUUCACAGACUUUAAUUAGUACCACUGUGGAAGACACUGUUAAUAAGAGAUUUACAGAAGAGGUCUGUGACGAUGAUCUUGAGAGGUGUGAUAUCCAAACAAGUGGGAAAUCAUAUGAGAACAGGGAAGUCAAUAGAGAGCUGACAGAAGAACCCAAGAGUGGGAGUGUUCAAGCAGAAGAAACGGACUCAGAAGUGAAUCGGAAGGGAUCUAUGACACAAACCGCUGCUCGAGAAACGAAGCGUCACAACGGCAAUGUAGAAGCUAAAGAGACUGAAGAGGAAACGCCCGAUACGUCUGACAAAACCGUCCAGAAGUCCGCCACACCGAGUGCGGCUAGCAAGCAGGAUGGGACGGCUCACGCUCGCAAAGAGUCCUGGUCAAAGACGUCGGGUCAAGGUAAAAGCGCCUUCUCGAAGCUUUUCACACCUAGCGCCAAAGAUAAAGCAGGAAAGAGAGAACCCGCAGAGGCCAAGAAACCGGAGGUCAAACCGAGGUCCAUACUGGGAAAACUAUUCCAAUCGUCACCCGAAAAAGAAAAGAAGGUGUCCGGAGUGGCAGAGGCAAAACAUGCCGAUGAGGCUAGAACAGUGACGGAAAAGGCCAGCGAUGUCUUUGUGAAGAACCCCAUGGGUGACAACACUCAGGUGUAUCAGACUGGACAAGUAAACGCCAAGACUGCAUGGAGGCCUUCAGAAAUGAACAGAAAAGAAGAAAUCGAAAGCAGCACAAGCUUAGGCGAUGCGCCGGAUGUCUCCGGAAACAUAUCCCUACAAACAGAUGAUGGCAGCUCAAAAACACUCCUUUCGCCCACCAGUACAAAUGACCUUAACCCUACAUGUCUUAGUUGUGAAGAAAGAGAUGAGCCAAAUACACCUUCUACUGAAGAGGCACCUGCCAGUAUGAUUCCAAGCACACUGGGAGACUCUGGUGAAUGUUUAACACUUUCAGAGUCCAGUGUGCAUGCUUCAAGUGAAGCGGGCCCUAGUCACGCCAUUAUUGAGGAGACGAGUAUCAUUAAUUCAAUCAUUUCACCAGAGCUGUUGGUCAACUCAGACGCAGCCAUGCAGAAAGGUACUACUGAGGAUCCUACUUUUCUGGAUGCUGUCAUGAAUGACAUCAGCGAAGGAGAUGCCCAUUCAAACCCUAUACAGGCAGCAGUCUCUGAACAUUCUUUCCUUUUGCCUCCAAUUGAUCAUGCUCCCUCCAAGAAGAACACAGGCGAUGAAAAUCCCAGCCAGCUCUAUGAAGAUGUUCACAAAGAGAUGAAUGUUACUGAACCCAUGACCUCUGAGUCUCCAGACCGGUUAUCAUCCCUACUAAAUGCGGAGGUCAUGUCAAACACACAAACUAACAUCACAGAAUUUAAUCUUACGGAGGAUGCAUCUGAAAAUAUUCUUGAUCAAGUUGUAACACUAGAAGACAUUAAUCCUGAAGUUACUGCUGAUUUAUCACCGCGAAACAUCCCACCGACAAACGAUCCAGAAGAUCUCUUUGGUUUAAGCCACACUCCACUAAGAUCAGUCGGUGAGGAAUUUGAUAUAUUUAGCAACAGUGACAAUCCUUUGGUGCUCAAUGCAGAAUCUAAACAAAAUAAUGUAGAUCCUGUCACUUUACUGGAUAUCCCUCAAACUGAAGGGAAUAUCGCAGUCAAUCUGAGUACUGAAACGGCAGCAGAUCAUCAAGGACAAGAGACAAACUUUGAGAUGUUUGGCACAAACAGUGAAGCGCUGGUCUGGUUGGGUGCUUCUACUGCAUUCGAUAAAGACAAUGCUGGUCUGGAUGUCGCCUCAGCAGCGCCCCCCUCAGUUUACGUAGAGGACAUCUUUGGGGAGAAUGACUUUUCAGUCAGCCUGGGGAUCCCAGCUGACCCACCGUCUCGAGGAAACCCCGACAUCUUCGCUGAUUUCCUUGGCUUGGACCAAACAGCCGAGGCCGGCUCCACUACAGACACUCCGGUCGACUUCUUCUCCACUGAUGCCUGUGCAGAAGAAGCUCUCAAGCCCCCAGCAGCCAAGUCGGACGCUUCGGCCGAAGGCAUCGACAUAUUCCUCGAUCCAUUUAGUAUGGGCCCCACUACCACGGAACCAAAAAACCCGAAUAACAACUGGAUGGACGAUUUCUUAAGCUAGACAUCUAUGCCUGGCUUUUUUCAACACCACAGACGUCAAGGAUCCUGCUGGAGUCUGGGAGUUAUUAAAUCUGCUAUACAAUCAUAAAUGUUAAAUUUCGACAUGGCACCAAAUACAUAUUAUGCCAUAUUAUAGCUUGCCAGUUUUAUUGCUCAAACACACACUUAAAUAUAUCAUUACCUUUAAAUCAUAUAUUUUAAUAUAUGGAUGUCAAUAUUUUGGAAAAUUAUAGAAAUUAAUAUUCUGUGUGUUUCCACCAAUACAGACCUAAUAUUUAUUGUGAAUUGUUAGUAUUUUCUUCUGUUUUCCCCACAUACUCAGCUGGCUGACUGACCAUGCCCUCUGACCUCAAGCUUAUCUAAUUUGUACUUUACUCUAUCAAAUAAAUGAAUGCAACAAUCACUUCAUUACUUAAUAUAUUGUCUUGAUUUAGAGACUGGUCGAAAAAACUUGACUCAAAGAUGGCCGAAACGUCUAAACAGAAAGCCAGUUAUAUCAAAUGUAUAUUCAUUUUAUUCUGAUAAAUGGAUACAAUACACCAUGUGAUUGGAUAUUUAAAAAGCUCAUAUUGGAAAGUGAGCUCUAGUAAAAAAAAAAAUUCAGUUAAA